CCGUGCCGCAACAAAACACAUCUUGCACAACAUUGAAACAUCGAAACAUUGAAACACCCACACUUUAGCCCUCACAACUUGGUGUCUGUGUGCCCUGGCCAGUACGAUGACUGCGCCGUUGGAAUCCUCUCCGCCGCCACCCUUCGCCCACCCCAGAAAUCCUUCCGUAAAUAAUUCAUUUCAAUCUCUGUAGUCCCACCGCGAUUGUCUUUUCCAUUUUUCAUUUUUUGUUUUGUUUUUGAGUUGCUGACUUUUGAAUACUCGACUGCAAGGGAAGAAAAAAGGUGGAUCUACAUGAGACGACUGGAAUCAACUGUGACCAGCAACCAGCACGCCGAUGACAACAAAAACAACCAAAAUGUCAUCGCAUAAACCGAUAUGGCUGGCCAAUACGCUAGCCCUGCUGCUGGUCAGCGGCCGCAUUGAUGGAGUGCGAGCGCAGGAACCAACAUGCUACGACACGUGGGGGAACAAAGACACAAACCAAGUGCCGUGUUAUGGGCCAGGAUCAACACCAGAUACGAAAACGACAACCCACUGCUGCAACAAGAACGACUACUGCUUAUCCAACGGACUAUGUAUGAGCCCACAAGCCAACAACCUCAUGACACAGCAAGGCUGCACAGAUAAAGACUGGAACGACUCAGCAUGCAACCGGCUCUGCCAACCAGAAAAACGAAACAACCUCCUCCCAUCAAUACCCCUAAUCCCCUGCCCCUCAGCCCUCAACUCCUCCUCCGGCCUCCAGUUCUGCUGCGGCAACAACCCCUCCGAAGCAGCUACAUGCUGUUCAUCAUCAUCAUCAUCCAGCUCCCCCUUCCCCAUCCGCCCCGGCGCCCUCCUCCUCCCCUCAUCAGCCUCCCCCUCCGACACCACCUCCACCUCGUCAGAAACCCUCAAAAUAGGCCUCGGCAUCGGCCUCGGAAUCGGCAUCCCCAUCUUCGCCCUCCUCCUCGUCCUAACCUACCUCCUCGCCCACCCCCGUUCACCCCGCUCCUCCCAAUCCCCGUCCCAAUCCAAACACCGCUACGACCCCUCAACCCUAACCACAGGCUGGCACCUCCGUGCCCCCUCCCGCACCACCAUCCGCGGGGAGUACCGCUCCCACGAAAAAAGGGACUCCUUCGGCCGAGUCGACACCAACGUUGGUCCCCCUUCUGAAGACGGUGACUUCCCUAACCACAACCCUACCUCUGCCUCCGCUGCUGCAUGGCCACCGACGGGGACAAAUGUCGCUGCCGCAAUUGCUGCUUGGGCUAAUAUUAAUGCUAACCACCAUCUCAAUAAUGACGAAGUCCCGCCCAGUCCAAAGGAGAUGGACGCGAGGAGUAGGGCGGGGUCGAGGUUGAGGUAUUACUUUCGGGGGGAGACGCCCACUCCGGGGAGGUAUGAGCUCCCUGCUUCGGAGGGGGGUGGUGAUCAAAAAGGGAGGAAGAUCGGGGUUGGGAUUGGGGUGAGGGAGAUGGGGGAGCAGGAACUGCCGGGGUAUGAGCAGGAUGAACAAGGGGUUGGAACGAUGGGGACGGUGGGGGCGGAUAGUAUGACUAUUGGGAAUGUCGGGGCUGUGCCUGUUACGCCUGUGGGGGUGGGAACUAUGAAUAGGACUAUGCCUAGGGCAGAGCAAGUGUCGCCACUGACGGCGGUGGAGGGAGGGCAGGGAAUGUUUGCUGCUGGUGGGGGGGGGGGUGUUGGAUAA